GCGUCGUCGCGGGGCCAAUGCUGAGGAGGAUGAGAUAGCGGAGGGUUCAAAAGGUGUGGUACGGGUCAGGGCCAAGUUGGUCUUACGCCCGGGCGAAGUGGGUAGAAUUGGCCUUUCGGUUUGGGCAGCGCUGUUGGCCAGAAAAAAGUACCUGAGCGAACUAGAACCAGAGGAUACUGUGCAAGACCUCAAUAUGUUUGAGGUUGAGCGACUACUAGAUCGGAAGCGGAGACCAGUUGGUGGCGUUGUGGAGCUACAAUCCAUUUAUCGCUUUAUUCAGCUUGUCCCUGCGUUUGGGAAGAAAAUUGAUCAUUCACUGCGCGCGGAGAAUAGCAUUAGCCGCUGCAAGCGCUUUUACAUCAAUUCAUUUGCCGACAAAGAAAUAUAUCAGGCUGUCUGUUCCCUUUUAUGCACUAUCUUAAACCUUUGCCUUCACUUUAAUCCCUCCAUUGCUGCUAUCCCCUUUCUUGACGUGUGUGCUCUCCCUACUAUGUCUACAAUUGGUCCUUUGUCGCCAAAUGCUUUUGAAGCCCUCUUUGAAGGAAACAUCCCUGAGGAGGAUCUGGCCGGAGAAAGGGUUGCUUGCAAUUCGACACUCAAAGCAACAAUGCAGGCCUCAUCUACAAGGAGUAUCAAGUCAUCCGCCACCAGACUGGAACCCAGACAAGCAAGAGAAAUACAAGAGCCGGGAGGAAACAGAGAGUGCGAGAUGCCACUCCUCAAGACCCUUCCUGCCAUAGUCUUCUUAAUGGACGAGAUUGGCAAGAUCGAGCCUUUCAAGUAUAUGGACUCUCGCCUUGAGAGCAAGGUGCUUAGUGCCGAGGUCAAAAAGAACUUUGAUGAAGAUUGCUUGGUUUAUGCUCCUCAGGAUGGGUUCUGGGUGUUGCCUGUCAGGAUAGAGGACGAAACACUAUGGUCACGAUCUGAUUUGCCUGAUCCUCUAUUAGAAGCUUGGGGCCCCCGAUUUUUUGCUUUUCGUACUCCAAUACUCCUUUCUGGAAAGGUUCUGAGGCGGUUGACAGAACUUGUCACUAAGGUGCUCGAGGGUGAUGGCGUUUCUCAUGAUGGCACAAAGGCUUGGAUGAUAAAUGAUGAGUCGCGCUCCCUUUAUGCAGCUCAUCAUGUUGGUGUUGUCAGCCAUUAUGGAACAGAUGAUACUGGCCCAAAAGGCCUUCGUCUUUCCAAGGACACCCUAAGACAGAAACCACUUGCACAAAAUGCCAUACACCGUCUUUUUCAUGCCAUUCAGGAAGAUAUCGUCCCUACUGUUACGCGGCUACUCCGUCAAAUUGAUCCACAGCGUGUCCUUGCUUAUCUCGGAGAUGAGUUGGCCGACAAUGUGGCCGACUUUGGUGGUGCAUUCUUUUGUAUGGCUUUGUCAAAGGGCCAUAGCGACAAUAUCCAUCUAGACGGCACUGAUCACACGAAGUCUUAUGCAUUUAUCAUACCUUUGGGGGAGUUCACAGGGGGUGACCUAGUAUUGCCCACCCUUCAUCUUUCCAUUCCUGUCCGACCAGGCCAAAUCCUUGCCGUCACAGCAAGUUUUUUGCCUCACUAUAUAUCCACCGUAUCAGGGACUCGCUAUGCUGCCACCCUCUUUACCGAUAAAUUCCUUGCAUCACGCAUGAGAGAUGUCCUUCUGAAGAUGGGCAUCUCACGCCUUCUAUUGGUUGCAAAGGAGAAUUACCUUUUAAUUUGCCUUCAAACACCGCUGUCCGCUUGGCAUGGAUGGCUGAAGCGGCCAAGGGAAUUCAAACUGCAGGCCUCCGAUUUACAAGCCUUCCAUUUACCUCCAGUGAGAUCAUUCCUGUCACCCCACCCACUGGACAAUCGCGUUAGAAAAACCACCUCGAAGUCCAGUGCAUUCCCUUCAUCUCUCAUGCCCUCUCAAGCCCCCGGUCGCACUCGCUCUGCCACCCUCCAGCAGCCUAUUCUGGACUCAUCCCAGCCAAAUCCCAGAGGCAAAAAGCUGGGAAAGUCCAUCCCGGGCUCCCUCAACCCUUCGUCAAAGUCCAAAGACCCCUCCAAAGCUCCAGAGCUAGCCCCACACAUGUCGAACUCCUCCACCACCUUCACCAAAGGGUCCAAGAAGCCUAAGGGCAAAGGCCCUACUAUCCUAGCUAACUCUGCGUCUCCUCUUCCCCCCCCAAAGAAGGGAAAGGGCAAGGCGAAGCCCUGUUCACCUCCUCCUGAUUCUGUACCUUUUCUUCAGCAAAACGGCAUGGAUAGCCCUCUCCGCUCUCUCCGUCCUUCCAAGGAGGAAGCUGCGGCCCCUUCCUACACACCUAUCCUCGGGGAUUACCCCUCUGAACCUAUCCAUGGCCAUUGCCCCUCUGACCAAUGGGAUGAGACGACAGAGCUGCUUGCACCACCCUUUAGUGAAAGCGAGCCUGAAGAAGCAUCUGUUCUUGACAAAGGGAAAAAACGUGCACACUCUCCUGAACCCAUGACACAACGCAAACGAGCAACUACCAAUAUCCUGGCCACUGCUUUGACAACCACUGCAGCGACAAUCACGAAUACAACAGCAAAUGCAGAAGCAGUUCCUGCUAAUACUCCAGCUGCAGUGGUCUCUUUUGCUGCUGUUCCCUCUGCCGCUGUUCCCUCUGCUGCUGCUCCCUCUGGUGCUGUUCCCCCUGCCACUGUUCCCUCUGUUGCCUCCUCUGCCACUGGGCCUGCCACCACUUCUACUGUUACAGUGGCUACCACAUCUGGC